AUGUCAACUAUCACUCUUAACUGUUUGGUCGUAGGUGAAAACCCUUAUGAAAAUGCUUUCAACAUCGAGAUAAACUUGACAAAGGCGGUUAGUGAACUCAAAGAAGCUAUCAAGAAGAAGAAGGCACCUGAUUUCGAUAAUUUCACUGCAGACAAACUCAAAUUAUGGAAGGUGGACAUUUCCCUUGAAGAAGACGGAAAAUUAAGCGUUGCCAAUACCAAGAUUAAUAAUAUAAAUGACGAGCUUGGAGCCGUAAGGCUGACUUCGCUUUCGAAGAUUAGCACGCACUUCCCUUCCCAGCCAGCCGACAAAAUGAACAUUCAUAUCAUCGUACAACGUCCCGAAAAGAUUGGGGCUACGAAACCUACCACCGUCACCACCUUGGGCAAGGCCAAGCGUCAGCUUUCUGAAACUCAAUAUGUUCGUCAGCACCUCGCUCGUAAUGCAUUGAAAGCGAAAAAUUUUUAUGUCUAUUUCAAUUACUCCACCUUGAAGGAAGGCGCAGAAGUACUUCAUAAAACAUUGGAGGAACUAAGUGACGAUUCUGAACUUGGUGAUUCUGUAAGAAGGGUUUUGGGACGGGACGAAUUCUUCGAGAGUGAUAAUGUGAAGCUUUAUUUUCAGCGAAAAAAGAGAAAGAAUAAAGAGAAGUUAAGUACAGAAACAACAUUAAGUAUGGCAAACGAAAGGCUUAGUGUUGCGAACGAAAUUGCCCACAAAAAUUCUCUUGAUCUUUUGAGGGAUAUAGCAGAGGAAGAAAGUCUCUUAGAUGAAGACUAUGAAGAAUCUGAGGUUGAAAAUGAACCCCCGCAAGAAAAAUCCUCAUCAAACAUUCCUGUUGAAGUCGAAAGUUGUAGCAACACCCAAACUAAAAGCUUGCCAUGCUAUCUUAAUGGACUUCCUAUCCAUGCUGAAUACUCACUUAUGGAAGAGGACUGGAUAAUAGACGGUGUAACCUUAAGCGAUAAUUUGAAGGGAAAUGGUAUAAUUAGACGCGGUCACUUCAACUUUUCGGAUGUGGAGUGUACAUCGCAGAUAAGCGAUGAGCACUGGAACAAAGUCUUAGUCCCAUUUUUGACGCAGUACAAGUUGAAAAAUGCACUUUCCGUAGAGAACGAUGAAAAAAAGCUGAUAGAAAUGUUUGGAGAAGAAAAUAAGAAGAAGAUCUUAGAGCCGGGAAACUUAAAAUUGGUGGCCAGCUUGUGCGAUGCCGAAGAGGACACCACAAAAGUCCUUGAAAUGGUGAAGCGAAUACGAUUGGUUUUAUAUCUUAAAGAAUUUGCUGAUUGUCAAACCCUAAAAUCACUGGAGAUGAAAUGGGCGACGUCUAUCCCUUCUGACAUUUUAGACAAACAGUUGCGAGACAUUUUGUGGGCAGCCGAGCUUAUAAAAUGGGUGAUCAUGCAAUGGCAAGACGGUACCUUCCUUAAGGAAAUGAAAGAACCGUGGGUGAAGACACAGUUGACAUCACGACUGCUUGUACCAGUAAUUCCGGUAAAGCCCGGCGAGACUGAAUCUGACGCAGAAAAGAUUGUUGCCAAUAAUAAGAAAUCACUAGUAUCUCCAAAAAUAAAAGCGAAGACUCGUGUAGAUGGGCUUGACGAUGCCGAAGAAUUCGAAAAUGUUUGGGUUGAGUUAAAGGGUGGUUUUGGUACUCGGCAUGAAUCUGAAAACAGUAACAAUCGUGAAGAUCUAGAUGUAUUAUUCAAAGGUUUUUCAGUAAUGUCUGCAAUGCAGGCUUUAACAAUGCCAGAAGAAGCAAAAAAGAGGAUUUGCGAGUUAGAAUUCUUUGGCAUAAGAGGAAUUGGAAAUCACUUCCAAUUCUUGGGUUGUCUCCAGACCUCCAAAUAUCUUAUGUGCUCGUACUUGUUAGGGGAAUUUUACUUACCAUCAUUUGAGGGAAGAGAAGGUAGUGGCAUACAGGAACUGUUGUAUGCAAUAAGAAUUGUAUACUCAUUCAAGAUAAGAGUGGAAGCAAGUAAAUUGGCAUUUCACCAUAUUAGGUCUUCGGCAAGAAGUAAGAGAAUUUUUGAUGCUGACUCUUCACCAAUCAAGGCAAAGAGAGUUCGGGCAUGA